UUGCCGCCGAAAGACUCCACUUUCUGUUCUUACACUGCUAUUUUUGCAGAGGAGAACGCUAAAAUCAGAUUUAGUUGUGGCAGAGCUGAACUUGAUUGUGAGUUUGGAGAGGACACCAAAGAGCUAAGUGGACUUUGGUGUAACUGCUGGUCGGUGUUUGUGGAUUUCCCUGUUCAGCAGCCGAGAGAACCGCUGGUUGAUGGAGUUUGUGCGGCAGAGUGGUGACUAUUGCCAUGCUCAACACAUUUAGAGCCUGUCUGGAAUGAUGCUGCGCCAUUCAGUCCUGGGGUCAUGAGCCCUGGAAGACCUCUGGGCCUUACCAUCUAAAACUGACAGCUCAUGGGUUAAUAAGUGGAGCCUUAACGCAGACAACGUACUGGAAAGAAGAGGAAAGAGUGUGACUGGGAGAAUUUGGGAAAGUAAAAAAAAACACUGACAAUUGCAGAGCUUAAAAUUGAGCGGAUGCACAGUAGUGUUCUAGAUUACAGGACACAGUCAACGGAUGGGAGAACGAUCCGGAUAAAAGGGCCACAACGCUGGGAAAUUACUGAUUUUUAUUUUAGAAUCAUACGCCUGGCUCACCUGGAAGACAAUUCCGAGGAUACAGCCGUCGACUGCGACUGCUGGAGCUAAAGUCACAGGUCCUCCAGCAGGGUCAAAGGUUACACAAGCCGCCAUGAACCGACCCGCUCCAGUUGAACUGUGCCACAAGAACAUGAGAUUCCUCAUCACACACAACCCCACAGACGGCACACUGAGCUCCUUCAUAGAGGAUCUGAAGCGGUAUGGUGUGACACUAUUGGUGCGAGUUUGUGACAUCACUUACGACAAAACCACCCUGGAGAAAGAUGGGAUAACCGUUUUUGAUUGGCCCUUUGAUGAUGGUGCCGCUCCACCUAAUAAACUAGUCGAUGAUUGGCUGAGUCUCCUGAAGAAGAAGUUUCAGGAGGAUCCAGGAAGCUGUGUGGCAGUUCAUUGUGUGGCUGGACUUGGAAGGGCUCCUGUGCUGGUCGCUUUGGCUUUGAUAGAAAGUGGGAUGAAGUAUGAAGAUGCUAUUCAACUCAUCAGACAGAAACGACGUGGCGCCAUCAACAGUAAACAGCUAACAUACUUGGAAAAAUAUCGAUCAAAGCACAGACUCCGGUUCAAAGACUCUCACACUCCCAAGAACAAAUGCUGCACAAUGUGAAAACGCUUUGAGGCACAUCUGUACACCGCACACAAACACACAUCCAAACAAUUCAAAACAUUUGCACUCAGAGGACACGCUGGAAAAAAAGUUGAAUCCACCAAAUGCUUUGUCUUUCUUGUCUUUCAAUUUCAACAGUAUUCUGGUUGAUUUGUUGAUUGACUUUCUUAAAUUUAUUUCAGACAUGGGUGAAAAAAAAAUAUUUUUUUGGUCAUUUUCUGUUGAUAAUUUAAGAAUGAACAAAUCUGGAGUUGAGUUCUGUAUCAAUGUAUAAAGCCAGGUUUUCAUUGAACACCAAUAAAAUACUGAACAUAUCUGAUUUCGUUUCAUUCACUUCUGCACAUCCUUUUCAAACUCCUCAGGCCUUUAUUCUGGUUUUAAACUGAAAAAAAUGAUCCCUGUUUAUGUUUUUUAAGAAAAAUUAAGGGAUUAAAAUGGUAAUAAAGGCACAAUUCUACUCGAAUAAAACCUUUUGGUUUAAAUUACUUUGAUGGGUUGAGUUAAUUAAUUUGCUUUUCCUUGUUUUUACGCACACAUCACAAUGCAAUUUAUUUCACUUUAUGCUUCAUAAAUGGCACAUGUGCACAAGUACUGCCUCUGACUAUUUCUUGAAAUAUAAAUAUUUUUCUGGUAACAGCAUGCUCAAUUUAUACCAGUUUUCACCGCCAUUUCCUAAACAGUUUGAAAGUAUGAAAAGAAGAAAACAAUGACUAAUGUAUGCAUGCACUUGCUUGUGUGACUGUCUAUAUUUGAGCAUUAUUGGACAGAAAAAAUUAAAUAAAAGUCACGUUUUUAUGCAAGGAAAGCUGUAAAUGUCUGUCUGUAAUAUUUGCAUUGUUCAAUAAAGGUUUUAUCAACAUGCCUGGAACUUUAAAA